CUCCGUUUACGACAAACAGCCGAGCCGCUCCAUGAUUGGCUGCUUUAGCCUUACGUGACGUCGCGCACUUAUGACGCAAUACGCAGGCCCCCCCCCCUUACGGGAUACAAGUACGUAAUGACGAAAGACGUUCUUUCUUUGCUGCGUCUGCUGCAAGGUGAGGAUGUUUCUGUGCUCGCGGGGCAUUAGGAAUCUGAAGCCAUCUGUUCUGGGAAAGGCUGUGGCGCGGCUCCCGCUCUCGGAACCUUGUCCUGUUUGUCCCCCAGCUCGGCAAGCGCCAUAUGAGCCUGGCGGCGCCGGAUGCGAAUCCUGUUUUGGGCUUUUUGGCCUAUUCCCGCCCCUCAGCCUUGCCAGGAUGGCGCCGCCCGGAUAGAACUUCCAGGGUUGGGCUGAGCGGGAGUUCGCCUGCUGGGCCUCGUAACUCUUGCUUUGGGGCUGCUCCUUCCGGGCUGGGACGCACUGGGGCCCGCUGUCGGUGUCCCGUCCUCCAAUAUCGUCUCCGGAACUUCCGCCUGGCAGUCUCCGGUAGGAGUGGAGCUCUGUGCCGCGUAGUUUGGUGGAAAAACGGGCCUUGGGUCGGCCUCACCCCCAGUGUUUGUGUUUCAGAAUGAAGACCAUUCUCAGCAAUCAGACUGUCGACAUUCCAGAAAAUGGUAUGAGACUUGAUAUCUUUUUCAUACAUCUUUACUACACGUUCCAAGCGUUGUGUGGCCUGACGAGUGUGUUCUCUCUUCUAGUCGACAUUACCCUGAAGGGACGCACAGUUAUCGUGAAGGGCCCCAGAGGAACCCUGCGGAGGGACUUCAAUCACAUCAAUGUAGAACUCAGUCUUCUUGGAAAGAAAAAAAAGAGGCUUCGGGUUGACAAAUGGUGGGGUAACAGAAAGGAGCUGGCUACCGUUCGGACUAUUUGUAGUCAUGUACAGAACAUGAUCAAGGGUGUUACACUGGGCUUCCGUUACAAGAUGAGGUCUGUGUAUGCUCACUUCCCCAUCAACGUUGUUAUCCAGGAGAAUGGGUCUCUUGUUGAAAUCCGAAAUUUCUUGGGUGAAAAAUACAUCCGCAGGGUUCGGAUGAGACCAGGUGUUGCUUGUUCAGUAUCUCAAGCCCAGAAAGAUGAAUUAAUCCUUGAAGGAAAUGACAUUGAACUUGUUUCAAAUUCAGCGGCUUUGAUUCAGCAAGCCACAACAGUUAAAAACAAGGAUAUCAGGAAAUUUUUGGAUGGUAUCUAUGUCUCUGAAAAAGGAACUGUUCAGCAGGCUGAUGAAUAAGAUCUAAGAGGUAAAAAGAAGAUGCCAGAUGACUCCUAAGACCUACUUGUGAUAUUUAAAUGAUGCAAUAAAAGACCUGUUGAUUUGG